AUGGCAGAUGGGGCUGAAGGAGCCGCCGGCAAGCUUGGAGCAGAGAGCGCCGCCGGCUCCAAAGAGGCGAGCAGCCCAGAUCCGCCUUUGAAUGAAGGAGGGGACCUUCACAAAGAUCCGGACCAGGCUGGCGAGACAGCACCUGACAAGUCUGCGGACGACGCUGUGGCCGAUCAGCCGGCGGAUAAGCCGACGACGCUCUUUCAAGCUCUCGGCGACCAGGGCAACCGGGAUGUCGCCAAGCACUUUGCCUCCUUCUCUGCGGCCCUUGUGACGGUGCCCGUCCUGGGUCUGUUUGGGAGCGAGUGGGCCUUGCGAUCCUUUGUGGCGGAAUCCGGCUCCAGGUGGAUCUACAGCGGCGUUGUUGCGGUCGCUCUCGUCAACGUUGUCUUGAUCGCUUUCGUGGCCUCGUGUUUCGCCGAGGGUUUCCCAGAGGCGGAAAGCAAGACUUCGAGAUCAGGUCAAUCGGCGCCAGGAGUCGCGGGCGAAGCCGAGCCUCUUGCCAGCGCAGACGGCGACACAAAGAAGAGCAAGUGA